CCAUCUUGUUUUUCACCACCCGUCAGAAUUCGAGAAGCAGCAGCAGCAGUUUUUCCGUCGUCACUCCGUCGUUUUUUUGCAGUUUCACGCCCUAAAACCUUCACCAACCCGUGCCGGAAGUGCCCGUUUCGCGUCCCGCCGUGAAAACCCACCGAUUCCGUCGUACGUCGUCGCCACCGCCGCCGCCGAGGUCGAUUUCCGUUUUUCGCAGUCGCGCCAGAGGUCAUCGCUAUCAUCAACAUAGGGCUAUCGGAGACCGCAGUAAUGGACAUCAUAGCAUCGAACCUACAGCAGCAACGGGCCAUCACGGAACAGCUGCGACGGGAGGCCGCGAUCCAGCGCGUCCCGGUCACGCAAGCCGUGGCCGACAUCGUCAAGUACGUGACCGAGCAUGAGGGCGAGGACUGCCUGCUGGUCGGAUUCAGCUCCCAGAAGGUCAACCCGUUCCGGGAGAAGAGCUCCUGCCAGAUUCUGUAAGGUGGUGGCGGCGGGAAGUUGUCCGGAAGAGUACCGAAAGCGAAUCUCAUUUUGAAUUUGUCGCGCAGAAGGGGCGAAAAGAGGUAAAUUACCGUGGGAAAUUCCGGAACAUUCGUCGUUGCGUUUUUUGCGUUUCUAGUAAAGAGAGAGAGGGGGGAGAUCGAGAGAUGACGUCACCCUUUUGUCGUCACUGUUUUAUCGCUGUACCGUGUGCAUUUUACCGGAUGAAUCGUUGUUCGAACGAGGGCAAGCUCAGAAAUGUAAAACACACUAAUCUUUACUAGGUAAUUAAUAGAGAUCGCUUUGUGUCGUGCAGUAGAAGAAUCAUCUAAUGAACCGGAAACAAGAAAAACAGGAAUCUAGGGCUUUUAGGCAAUAAUAUGAAACAAUUAGAAACUUUUUGAUUUGUUUUCCCUUGCAAGGAUUUGAAGCAGGUUCUACGCCUGACGUCCUUGGCAGGUUAAAUUCCUUCCCUCCUCAUACGAACAAGCACAAUCCAUAGUCGCAAUCAUCAGAAAUAAUCACAAUAAAAUGCAUCAGCAAUACAUGAUGAGAAGCUUUCACCUCCUCCAAACAUUGCCACAAAUCACCAUCAGAGAUGCCAACUUUUUGAAAGAAAGCAACCAAA